AUGUUAAUAUAUUUAUUAAUAGUAAUAUUUUUUUCUGGUGGACUAAUAUUUGUUUUAAAUCGAAAGCAUUUAUUGAUAAUAUUAUUAAGUUUAGAAUUUAUUGUUAUUUCUUUAUAUUUUAGAUUAUUUUUAUAUUUAAGAAAUAUAACUUAUGAAUAUUUUUUUUCUAUGAUUUAUUUAACAAUAAGAGUAUGUGAGGGUGCUUUAGGAUUAUCUAUAUUAAUUUUAAUAGUUCGUGUUCAUGGUAAUGAUUAUAUUACAACUUUUUCUUUUUUAUGAUAA